AUGGGAAAUAGGUCCCCCUCCCCACAGUUUCUCCCCAUCACACUUGCCGUCCUUUCCCUCAGUCCUUUAAACUGCCACGAGGGCUGCACACAGUAUGUGCAUGUGCUGUACUUUUCCUUAGACCUGGAGGUGCCCCUGGCUAACACAAUGACGGCAGAGCUCAUUGAAGACACUUCCUGGAGCAAUUCCUCUGAGGACCCUGAGUUUGGAGAGGAAAGUCCCAUCACUGGGGUCUUGGGUGCAGUGCUUCUCCUUAUGUGCCUCAUUGGGGUGACGGGGAAUCUCUAUACGUUGGUGGUGGCCCUUGGCGGAAUGGCGCUUCGCUCGACGGGUUCUUUAUGCGUGUAUGUGGUCAACUUGGCCCUGGCGGACUUGCUCUACCUUUCCACCAUCCCUUUUGUGGUGUGCACCUAUUUUGCCCAGAACUGGUUCUUCGGGGAUGUGGGCUGCAGGCUCCUGCUUAGCUUGGACCUACUCACGAUGCAUGCAAGCAUCUUCCUGCUGACGGCUAUGAGCUUGGAGCGUUACUGGGCAGUGACCAGACCCUUGAAGGCCAGGCGGGCUGGAAACAGUUACCGCAAAUUUGUCAGCGUCGCCACAUGGAUCCUCUCCUGGUUGCUUACUGUGCCCAUGAUGGUCAUGAUCCAGCAGCGGGAGGGCAGCAACCACAAGCAUAUUUGUUUUCCUACAUGGACACCUGAGGCCUUCCGGGUUUACCUCACAAUCCUGUUCAGCACGAGUAUCCUUGGGCCCGGCUUGGUCCUAGGCAUAGUGUACUCCCGCCUUGCUCAGGCCUACUGGGCUUCCAUGAGAGCCGUACAGCCAUGCGUGACGAGCAGAGUACUGAAACAACAGCUGUUCUCCAGGAUUUUUGGCAUCAUUGUAGCUUACUGGGCCUGCUUUGUGCCAUUUUGGGCCUGGCAACUAGCCAAGCUGUACUGGUCAGAGGGCUUGGCGAUGGGGCCCACCACUCAAGCUUACCUCAACUUUGGUGUUACCUGCCUGACCUACAGCAACAGCUGCAUCAAUCCGUUCCUUUAUACUCUGCUCACCAGGAAUUACCGCGAGUACGUGGCAGCUCAAGCUGGGGAGAGGCGGGGUGGGGAACAUGCGCUCUUCAGGAGGAGGAAGCACCAAGCAGAAAGGAGAUCUGUGGCACAGGGAGAAAGGACUGGAUAG